AUGUAUUUCUCUUUGACAAUAAAAGGCUUCGAAUACGCCGAGCACAGCUUUUUUGGCAACGCGAUCACGCUUACUCUCUCUGAUGGAACCACUCAGCUAGCCAAGGACUACCCCUUCAAGCUCAGUAACGCCCUCAAUCUCACCUACGGCGAAAUCAAUGGGCUCGGCGGUGACUUCUACGGAACUAAUGAUCCCAUAAGCGACGGCUCCACCCAGGAAGAACAGCGCAGCCGGUUCAUGGCAGCAUUCAAGACUCUGGCCGAUCCCUCGGGUCUCCAACCAGGCGAGGCAUUGGCAAUUCUUGGUGCCUUGCAGGAAGAGGUUGAUGCGGUCAAUGAGGCGCUCCGCAAGCACGAAGACCCUUCUAUUGCGUACAGCAAGCUACCAGCAGACGAAUGGAAGGCGCUUCAAAAAAUUACUUCAUGGCGAAUCGUAUACAGACUCGGGCCUACUUACCUGGGCCUGGCCAAGAUUAACUUCGACCACUUCGGAGCCGAUGCCCGUACCACGUACAAUGCCGGACAUGCAGUCGCCAUUGAGGAGGCCGUCAAGAGUAACGGAGAUUUAGACCUAGCUUAUGCCUUGAACGCCUUUGCAGAUCACUUCCUCGAGGACUCCUUCUCCGCUGGCCACCUGAGAACCCCACGCCGUGAUUGCCACUCGGGCUGGAUGGUAAAUCCCUGGCCUGAUUUGUGUGCCAAGGACAUGCAUGAUGAAGACUGUGCAAUCGGCCUUUCCGUCAAGAAUCCAAAGGGUGAAGCUUGGACCUGCUACGGUGACAAGCGUGCUCUCGACAACGCGAACGAAGACAACAAAAACCGGUGCCUCGCAGCGGUACAAGCUUCAGCGGAUGAGAUCUACAAUGCGUGGAAGUCCAAGCAGAAACCGGCUGCGUACAAAGCAUGGGACCACGCACCAACGCUGGAGUCGGCAAACGCCUCCACGCAGGUGCUUGCACCCCUCUUUCGACUGAACAAUGGCACCCUCGAAAGGCGCAAACCAAUCACGGAUCGCCGCAAGUGGGAAUUCAUUGCGUCCGACUGGACUUUCGCAGGCACGCAUAAUGAGUGUAUGGGAAGCCACUGGUGGGACUACCCUAUCACUAUUGACGGUCCUACUUGGCUCCUGCCCGGCAGCUCCGUUGUCUCUACCACGCCAUCAUCUGGAAAAUGUUGCGUGUAUUACCAGGAUAUCCAGGGGGGCAUUCGUCAGUCUGCACACGAUGGCGCAUGGGCCGCCAGCAAUGCCGGCAUGUUCAAAGCCAAGCGUUUCACACCCUUGGCUGUUAUUACUUGGAACAGUGGCAAAGAGAUCCGCAUAUAUUGCCUUUCCCAGGAUGACAUGCUUCAGGAGUGGUGUUACUCGUCUGCCAAUGCCCAGGGCAGUUGGUAUACCGGCGACUUGAACAACCUCCGAGUCCGCGGUGCUCCCAAUACGUCUAUUGCCGCUAUCCAAUGGAAGAAUGGAUCACAGAUUCGCGUCUACUGCCAAGAAUCUACUUCCGACGAAAUCCAGGAAUUCUGCCACGACAGCUCGUGGACUCGAGGACAUAUCCUGCCAACGGCUCGUACAGGCUCGACCAUAGCGGUGGCAGGCUGGUCUGAUAAUGGCAUACACCUGCGUGUGUACUAUCAAGCCCCCGAUCUGACCUUGAGAGAGCAAUGCUGGGAUCCAUCCAAUUGGUAUGCUGGUGGUUUCAGCACUGACAAAGUACCACGACACUCUUCCAUCAGCGCUAUCGGGUGGUAUAAUUCGGGUGUGUACCUGCGCGUGUACUGGCAUGACAGCUCCCAGAAUAUUGUGGGCUACGAAUGGAAAAACGGAUCUUGGGUGUCCGCUGGCACCGUCCUUACGCUGCUACCUAGGGGCACAAGGUCGUCGAUCAUCCAGUGGGACAACGGACAAAGGAUCAGGUUUUACUACCAGGCCAGAAACAACGACAUCCUCGAGGAGUGCAAUGACGGUGGUGCGUGGUUCACAGGGUCUGUCGUUGCCACGAGCUCUUAA